AUGGCGGAGAAUGUGACGGAUGACAAUUUCUCAUAUCUUGUUCUGAGUAAUAAGCUCCCCGUUGUUGUCCUUUUCCACGCUAAAACAUGGUCCGGUCCUUGCAGGAUGAUCAGUCCCUUGAUUGAUCAGCUUGCGGAGGAAUAUUCAGGAAGGAUCACGUGCUUCAAACUAGGCACUAGCAAAAAUCCCCAGUUGGCCGCCAAUUACAGCAUCCGAAGCGUUCCCGUUGUGCAGAUCUUCAAAUGCGGAUGCGCGGAUGAGACGAUAAUUGGCGCUGUGAGUUAUGGGGCCCUGCGAGCAACCCUCGAGAAAGUCUUAUGA